GCCUUUAGCUACUUUCAUGGUGACGUGCACGCCGCGCAUGCGCUUAUAGCCACUUCAAUAUCGGAACACUGGCUCGUGUCCAUAUUCUUUUCAGAUAAGUCACAUAAACCGCAUGGUUAGAUUGCGUUUGACGCACAAGAAGUUGUAGAAAAGUUGCAAGAUGUCUUUAUCAACAGCACGACCACUUAUAACAGUAUAUACCGAUAAAAAUGAAGCAUCGGGUGAUACAAUUACCCUACCCUCUGUUUUUAAAGCUCCAAUUCGACCUGAUGUUGUGAACUUUGUUCAUCAGCAAGUAUCUAAGAACAGCAGGCAACCUUACUGUGUGUCGAAAGAAGCUGGGCAUCAAACUUCUGCCGAGUCAUGGGGUACUGGCCGUGCUGUAGCACGUAUACCUCGUGUACGUGGAGGUGGUACCCAUCGUUCAGGACAGGGCGCCUUCGGAAAUAUGUGUAGAGGUGGGCGCAUGUUUGCGCCUACUAAACCAUGGCGACGUUGGCACCGUCGUAUCAAUGUUAACCAGAAGCGUUAUGCUCUUGUCUCAGCCAUUGCCGCUUCUGGUGUACCUGCUCUUGUUCAAUCUAAAGGGCACAUGAUUCAAGAGGUUCCCGAAUUUCCCUUGGUUGUUUCUGAUAAAAUCGAGACGUAUAACAAAACUAAGCAAGCUGUAAUUUUCUUGAGACGUAUCAAGGCAUGGAAUGAUAUUCAAAAGGUGUAUAAAUCGCAAAGAUUCCGCGCAGGAAAAGGAAAAAUGCGUAAUCGUCGACGUAUUCAACGACGUGGACCAUUGAUUGUCUACGGAAAGGAUGAAGGAAUAUGUAAAGCAUUUCGCAACAUCCCUGGUGUCGAUCUAAUGAAUAUCAACAAAAUGAACCUUUUGAAGAUGGCACCUGGUGGUCAUGUUGGACGUUUCGUCAUCUGGACAAAAUCAGCAUUUGAACAAUUGGAUGCUGUUUACGGUACUUGGCGCAAGGAGUCACAACUCAAGAAGGGAUAUAAUUUGCCAUUUUCCAAAAUGGCGAAUACAGAUUUAUCCAGGCUUCUGAAAUCUGAAGAAAUUCGUAAGGUUCUAAGAGCUCCUAGGAAGAAGGUGGUACGCAAGGUGAAGAAACUUAAUCCGUUAGCCAACACUCGAGCUAUGUUGCGUCUCAAUCCGUAUGCAGCAGUCCUGAAACGUGCUGCGAUCUUAACAGCGCAAAAACGUCAGCACGAGAAGGAUAUUCUUUUGGCCGAGAAGAGAGGCAUUAAUCUACCGAAGAAUUUAUCGGCUGUGAAGACCAAAAAGCUUCAGGAAAGAAGAAAGAAACAACUCAUAGCUGUCAAAGCAGCUAAACCUAAAAAGCCGAACACUGUAAAAAAAGUUGUUGCGGCAGAAGUUAAAAAAGAGAAGGAUACAGCGGUAGCGAAGAUUGCUGCACCAAAAGCUGCACCAAACUAAAAAGUAGAUAAUUGAACAAUUUGUACAUUACUUUGCACAUGCAGAAUACAUGUACAUACAUGAAAUAGCCAUCCAAAUAUCUUAUAAUAAGCAUCAAUGAAUCGUAAAAAAUAAGUUUUCAAAACUUGAUAGAAAAAAUAAUAAAAAUUAUAAUGACUUGUUUUUUUGAAUAA